GGAACGACGGCGCAGAGGCGGACGAGGAGGACGGCGACGAGGACGAGGACGGGGACGGGGAUUCCAGAGACGGGGACGGGGCCGUGGUCAAGGCUCGCACCACCAGAGACGGCACUGGCAGCGCGGAAGAGAUGACGAUGAAAUCGAUGCAGACGACGAUGAGAUGGAUUCGCGGAUGUUUGCCCGGGCAGAACUCCCUCCUCAGACGGUGCUGGAGCGGACCCAGGCGAGCGUGGCCGCCGCAGCCGGUCGCGCAGUGGCUGACAUGCCAGUGCUCCCGGGCCUCGUCUACGAUCCGGUUCGUGAUCGGUACUUUGCGCUGCCGUCGACCGGAUCGGCGCCGCCGUGGGCCACCUCGUCCGCCGGCCCGUCGUCGUCGCCGACGCCGGCUCGACGGGAGCCCCCCCCUUCGCCCGAGCCUGCGAUGCUGCCACGCCCACCAUCGGCCAUGGCGUGGCGGAUACAGCGAGCGCUCGGCCUUGCCCGAUCUUCCAAGCUGCGUCGGUCGCUGCUGAGUGUUGCGCCGCUGCAGGGUCCAACCGCAAGCGUGUGCGUCAUGGACGAGCCUGUAGUGUGGAGCAGCGAGGCCGUGGCGGUCUCGCCCACAAUGGUGUCCGGACCGCGCAUGCCGGGCGCGUUCCCGACAUCGCUCAUUGUGUACUCGCCGCAACGAUUUGGCAUGGUCUUGAGCAGCAGCGCUGUGUCGGCGCGGACUGCGACCUGGCAGUGCGAGACCAUGCUCGAAGCGCCGACGGCGGUCCUCCCGUCGCUGCCGGCGCCGGUGGUGCUGCGGGUGACCGCCGACGAGGAUGUCGUUCGCACCGGCAUCGUUGUUGUCUCUCACGAAACUCCCAUCACCGUCUUUCAUGCCAACGCCGCGAUGCGGUGCUUGCCUGGCCGUGACCUUGUUUCAUCGCCAGGCGCUCUGCCUGAGAUGAGCGCCUUUCUCUCGGCAUCUGACCGCAACGUCUUUGCGCUCGACGCAGAGUCCGGACGGAUCUUGCGCGUUGCGCGCCUUCCGUCGCGCGCCCACCGGGUUGUGGCGAGCCUUGCGUACGAGCCACAUGCACAGCUGCUCCUUGUUGGCGCCACCUCGCGCGAUGGUGGUGGACAGGCUCUGUCUGCCCACGACGUUCGCGCGCCGUCGCUCUCGCCUGCUAUUACCUUUGAGCUUCCGCGAGCAUCCGGGUCGCACACCCACCGUAUUGCGCCGUUUGUGGCGCCCUGGGGUCCAUGGGGUCUGUCAACACCGGCGAGUGCCGGCCGAUUCGGGACUCACGGCCCUUCGACCGCGUCGCUGUGGGAUAUUCGCUCGUCGACGCCGCUCUUCAAGUUUGCCGCUGCUGCCGCUGAGGGGCGCGGUACUCGUUCACGCCCGACGGCGCUCACAUGCUUGGGCUGACUGGACUCUAUGGCGGGCGCGGCAGUGGUACUCUUCAGCCGUCGAUUUCAGUCUGGUCUGCGCACACCGGUGAACGUCUCGGCAUCGAGACGCUCGAUGUGGCCGACCUGGGUGACGAUGGGCCGCGCGCGCUGGUCAAGCCUUGGCGCAUCGUGUGCACGCCAGGACCUGACGCAGGUAUGGAUGCUGGCAGCUAUGCGGUGCACACACUACUGCUUCCGCGACAGCGCGCGUUUGAUGGCGACGUGGCGUUUACGGUCCAUUCGGUGGCGCCCGGCAGUCAUUACACACUGGCGUAGCUCUCGUAGGUGUACUCGUAGGCGUCGUCGUCGUUGCGGCGGCUCGGCCGGCGGACGUCACCGUCCGAGUCGUCGGUGAUGGCCUGCCGGCGACAGAUUGAGACGAUGACGGGGCCAACGCCGCCAGCAACCAGCAGGACCAGGCCCCACCCGAUGAGGAGAACGAUGAAGAGGGCCCAGGAUUGGUGGGCGUCGAGUGCGACGCCGAGGGCAGCGACCGCGACAGACCAGAACGAGAGGGCGUAAAAGAUGACCUUGUAG